AUGACAUCAAUGUCGAUGUCAAUGUACCCCAACACCUAUGGGGCAUCCUACCGGUCGGUUGCAUUUGGCACAUGGAAGGUUGGCGAGGCUCGACAAUUCUCUGACCGAUAUAAAAGGCAUCGCACACCGGAACUGUCGGCGAAUGAGAGAAUUAACAAGUAAGUGACCAAGGUUUUAAUGUAGCGAGCACUUGGCUGCAGUCGUUUGUAUUUCUCUUGAAUUUUAUUGAAAUCUUAUAAAUGGGUAUAGUAACAAUCGCUGGAAGUCUGAACCCCCCGUUCUCAGCGAGAGCCGAGAUCAGCUAUUUUUCGCAGAUAGACUAUGCAAAAUAAACAGAGUAUGUCAGAGAAAAUUUUUUUGAAUCAAUCUAUCGUAGUUCUAGCUCAUUAGCUCUUGAAAUCGUACUUUACCGCGCCAUAUGUCGAUAAAUGUUCAAUAGUAGCCAAUUAAGUUUUUAUCACCCCAAUAACACCUAACGAACCCUGAAAACUACAAAAUCAGACCCAUUGUUUCAUGGCGCAUAAACCUUAUCACCCACAUCUCACUUAUUUUUGCCAGUAGCAUCAAUUAUUCUCGCCCUAUCUGCGCUUCGCAUCUCGGCUGCAAAUCUCCUGCGCACUUCAAGACAAUGACUCAUUCAUUGAAUGCAUCUUCCCUCGGAAAUGAAUGGGCGAGGAACUUCAAAAUUUCGGACGAUUAAAGUCUUGGGCAUUUUGGAAAUAGCUGCUCGGUUUUGGGACUUUUGGAAUAACGAAUUUUGAGAUGCGGGUGCAAAGAGAACAUCGAAAUUUUCAGUGAUUGAUCGCUAGCCUAACAAUAAGUAGAGGAAGUACCAAAAAAUUGAAUAGAAUUAUAGAGUUUAUACUGUGGGUGACCCCUUCAUUUGAUUCAGAAAGCUUUGCUGAUCUACAAAAUUUUCAUUUCCGCAAAGAAAAUUAAUUUUUGUGAAAGAUUAAACAUGCAAUAUUAGUCAUGUUGACACGAUCAAGCAUUAAAUAUAUUUAUUUUAUGGACCAGAAGAUGACGUCUUUGGGCUCUAACGAUUUAUCAGAUGUUCACGCUAGGCCCUUCUUGAUUAAUUCCUUGAUUUAAACUUUUUGCUCUUUCUCCAGCGAUUUUUUUUGAUUAUAACACUUGGCCUCGCAAGGCGAAAUGCCUCCCUUCGCCUGAAAUUUGACAGGAAUUUGGCACCCGGGAGACGUGAAAAAACCUUUAGGCAGUUGUCUCAAAUCAAAUAGUUUUUGAUACUCUCUGGUUUUUUGCUUUUUUCUUUCGGAUUUGAUGGGAAUAGGUGUUUCAAUGGCAAUGUUGGUUUUAUUGGGACGGAAUGCGUGUAGACAGAUUGUAGAAUGUGAAGGUGCGGUUUAUGGGUUGAAUAGGGAUGGUUGUGGGGCCUAUACUCGAAGAGUAUAUAAUAUAACGUUUCAAGGGAGGUGCUCGAAGUGCGACGCUUAAAUUUUGAUGAAAGCUGUUAUAAAUUUAGACUUUUUUAUCCGUUUGUCGGGAAAAUUAUGUGAAUUUUUUGUAGUGAUUUUUUCGCACAGUGUAAACCACAAGAAAGCCGUUUUCACUGUGCAAAUUUUCAGUAAAGUUGCGGCGACGCAGUUAAAAAAGCUUGCGUCGACAAUGUUUUUUGAUGCACUGUGCAAAAUCGAAAAAGAAGUCAAAUACCGUAGGUUUUUUAAGCGCGGUGUGGACAACGCCCAAAUUUCAUGCCCUUUGCCAGUUUGUAGGGAAAAUAAUAAGCACCCUGGCGCAUCAAAAAUCGCAUCGCCGCCGAGAAAUGAAUUGUGUCGUGGAAAAAUCAAAUUAUUGUAAUAUAAAAUUUCAAUUUGCUUAGCAAUGCGGAGUGAAUCAAGACCCGUGGAAAAUCGUAGCGUUGACAAAAGCCACUGCCAAUAAUUUUUUUGUAUGUCCAUCCACUCUGUCGCAUCAAAAAUCGCAUCGCCCCCCGAGAAAAAGAAUUGUGUCGCGGCAAAAUCAAAUUGUUUUUCACAAUAAUUACGCGAUCGGCGCAGCAACUACCUCUUUUUCAUCACAAAGUAUUGUUAAACUUAUGCUCUGUACUUUGACUUCGGCUUAGUUCUCCAAAUCUCUUAGAUCCGUAAACUGGGGAGAGCAAACAUAACACACCGUGAAGAAUGAAACGAAAAAAUGCGUCGUCCUCAAGUUUUUUGUGACUCCGCGGUGAGGUAUUUUCUUUCCUUUGGGAUUUUCAUGAUUUUCAACUUUGAGGGAUCAAAUAAAUCGAACUUUUAGAACUUUUUAUGAGGAGUUCAAAAUUUUAGAUCUUCGCAUCGACUUUUUUGGCCUUUUUUACACGGAUCCUCCUAAAAUAUAUUUGAAUAAUACUCCUCUUUGAUUUUGCGACAACCUCUGGAGGCAAAAUAUUCAAAGGGCUUUUUGCGGAUUCGAGAGGGAAUAAAUAGAUAAAUGAAUGCGUCUCGUUUUAAGGUCAAAUACCUUUCAAGAGCUUCUGUUAAAUUUUUAUUGGAUUCAAAUAGUUUUGAUCCGCUUUUACGGCUCUCGAGGGGAAUUGUUCGGAGGGUUUCCAGGGAAUUUUCAUUCUUACUGAACAGUUUGGGGGUUAUUUCUUGGCUUCUGUAUGGGAUUGGGGCUUUAUCGGGAUAUUGAAGGCAUCUCGAACAGAUGACUUUCGCAAAGGCGCUCUGGGAUUUUAGCGACAAAAACUGUGCAAAAACAAAAGUUUACUUUGCACUGUGCAAUUGUGCAAUAGGUUUUUUUGGCCUAUUGCGUUCACACACUGACUUUUCUUCACAGUCUAACGCCCAAAAAUUACCCCAGCGACUUUGCGAAAGGACUAGUUUCAAACAAGAAAUAUUUUUUUAACCAUGACCUCCAACUUGUCCAAAAUUCCCAACUUGAUCAGGCAAAUUGACCCACCAAAUUUCAAAUCUCCAAUAAACAUCACCCCACAUACCAAACUGUUUUUUAUUUACUCCAUUUUGAAAUCUGAUACGAAUUUUGAUUCCGCUCCCAGUGAUUGAUAGUUUGGCGAGUGGCCAGUGGCGUUUUGUUGAUAAGCAAAGGUCACAUGUUGGACAUUUUUUUGGAAAGCUUUUUUUCGAAACGAACUCGUUUCUUACUAUACAUUCUUUUCAGAAAUUUGACCGCUGACACCUCCGCCGCCUCCCAGGACACCGAAUCCCCCUCGACUUCGAAAGCCCUAACGCAAUCGCUGAGCUGCGCUCAACUCGACGUGUUUAUCAAGACCGAUCACUCCAAUCUGCUCAGUUUGAACUUUAAGAGCCGGACUUGCGAAACACAGCGGAAGUUCAAAAAAGUCCCGCUGGAGCGUCAAGAAACCCUCGAUUAUUUCGAGGACUGUGACACAACGAAGCCCGAAGGCUACAGAGUCAGUGAAUUGAGUGUUGACACGAAACCCAUAAACUCUGCGAAAACGCGGCCUCAAGUCAAUAGCCAACUGCAGAAGACGCCAAGCGGACGGAUCACAAUAAAUCCAUUAACAAAGUCGAGGAGCAGCUCAUCUCCCUUCAAGCAAUCGCAAAAUUUGUCCGAAGCCGAAAAGGACCUAAUCAAACAAUUUGGCGCUGCCGAGCUUUAUGGUACAUUGAAAAGUCCAAAGAGAUCCUGUCCAGAAAGCCCAAGGAUGGAACCGUUCGCACGCAAAGAACGCGCCAUGAGUCUAGCGCCGGCUCUGCAGCAAAGCACUGAUAUGUUCUCGGCUUCGGAGUAUUCCCGAUACUGUCAUGGAGCAAACAACACCAUGACGAUGAGUUGUUGCAAUUACGAAAAUGGUAAGCUUUUUUAGGAUUUGCUCACGUCUAACAAGAAAAAUCGUUGGUUAAAUUAUUUGAAGAGCUGAAAAAAUUAAGAGCAACUCUUGAUUUCAAAGCAACCCUACGGAAAAUUAAAUUACGGUAGAAAAAUCGUAAUUAUGACCGGUAAAUGUCGGCUGCCCGCAAGAGUGGCGACGUCGAAAAAUCAGUCUUAUGUUUCCGAAAAAAAUUCCACUUUUUGACUCCCUAAUCAAACCCCUCCCGGCUAUUCGGAAAGGUGGGCUAAAUUCCGGGUUUGUUUCAAAAAUGAGUCAUAAGGAGAUUUUAGCUGAAAAAAUUAUUUCAAACACCUUGAAACGAGGCGAAAGCGGGAUCUGCUUUUUCUUGGUUUUAUAAUAACACGGCUCGUAAACGCGCUAUAGAAAACUUUAAUUGUUAGCCAUUAGUAGCUUCAGCGUUUUACCGGCGGGUUUUAUCUCACUUACUAUCGCCGCUGGAAGUGCGAGGAUGUACUUUCACUCGGCGAUGGCGUCAUUAGCGAGAAGCGCGCGGAAACGUUGAUGUAGCGCAGUGGGGUAAAGUGGGAUGAUUCAGCGGCGUUGUAACAACAGAAAUUUUUUGUGUGGGUCUGUUUUUUUGACAGACCCUAGCUUCUCUAGGAGUAGCUAAGGUACCCAGAUGAUCUAAUUUUUCUACUUUUUUUAUGACUCAAACAACUCAACGAGGUGUUGAAGACAGCCGUGUUGAAACUCGAAACUGUUUAGCGUUCAAAAGUGAUGUUCGCAGUGAGUCUCUAGCUUAUGGGAAAUAAUUUUUUCCACACGAUUGACUUAAUCAUCGAAAAAAUACUUUUGUCUUGCGACGAGAAACGGGCUUAUUUGCACUUGAUUUUCUCGCAUUUUAGAAAAAAAUUGUAAUUUUGCGCUGAGGAAUAUUGAUUUAGCAUUUUCAUAAAGUGAAAGGACACUUUGUUGCAGUCAACACCAUGCAUAAAAACCCCCAUUUUGCACCGUGCAUUUCACUUUUUUGUUUGGUUUUCGCACCGUGCAUCGAAAUCUCCCCGAAACAUGAGCUUUUUUCAAGUGCGUCGCUGCGAUUUUGCUGAAAAAUUUGCACGGUGCAAACGGUUUUUUGUGGCUUUCACCGUGCAAAAGAAAAAAUGCACUGUGAGUUCGCGACAAGCAUGGGAAAAAAACUCAAAAUGCACUGUGUGAAAGGGAAAAAUGUCUAUGCACUUUAUGAAAAUAAUAAUAAGUCAUACAGUGAGGGACCUGAUCCAGUGGCAAAAAACGUAUCAUUUGGCAUCCGGGAAGCAUCAAAAAUGUGGCAAAAUACCUCCCAUUAAAAAACUCCGUUUUGAAAUCGGCGCCCUUUCCCUCACAAAAAGAGCGGGCGCGCUUUUGAAAUCGGAAUUUUUUCACUUGGAAAGGGAGGUAUUUUGCCACAUUUUUGACGCCUCCUGGAUGCAAAAUGGUACCUGUUUUGCCACUGUAUCAGGUUCCUCACUGUAAAUAGGGGUAUUCAGGCUUUUGUCAUUUCUGGACAAAAAACAAAUCUUCGACCUUCCGCCCUAUCAUUUUCGGCAAGGUCACCGCCGGGUUAACCUCAUUCCCCGCUGCUUGUUUUCCCAACCAAAUUCGGCGUGGGCGCCGGAACGCAUUUCCGAGAAACUCGCGCGCCGCAAGUGCAAUCAUCCGUUAUAACCGAUCGCCUAAAACAAAGCGGCGUCUUACAAUAGAAUUGCGGGCAUUCGCCUCCUCCGAGUCUCUUUUCCCGUUUGAAGCCGUUCCGAUUAUUAUCUAUGGAGAUGUUUUCCCAACAAGAACCAGUGCCGCAUCGAGCCCUGAGGGGCGCUUCCGUCGCGCAUUCUCGAGCGCUUCUGAAGGAAUUCCGCGCGGAUUGCCCUUUGAGUGCGCGAAUAUUCGACAUGUUUCGGCGUUUUGAGUCGAUGAGGGAUUACUGCGUAGCGCUUGGGGACUACGGAUUUUAAUUAUCGGUUUUUGGGAGUAGAGUGGGAGGUUCCGAGGACUUCUUGAUUUUAUUUGGCCAUAAACUUGCAGUGGUUUGUAAAGCCAAGCCCAGCUGGCGUAGGUUGCAGCAGUAAGCGUGGAUGUGCUUCUUUAAACUUAAGGCUGAUUUUUGAGUAAAGACGUCCAAUCAGUCUGUCGGGAAAAUAGUGAGUACAAAGUUGCUGCGCCAAUUGCGUUGCUGAAGUGAAAAGCAACUUGACUUUGUCACAACACAAUUAAUUUUCUCGGUAGCGAUGCCAUUUUCGAUGCGGCAGAUCAGUCAUUAUUUUCCCGACAGGCAGGUAUGAUAUAUACUUUCUUCACAGCUUGGGAUUUGUAUAUAAUCAUUAGUUAUUUUCAUGAAGCGCACGGAGAUUUUUUCUCUUUCGCACGGUGCAUUUUCAACUUUUUCCUACUCGUCGUUAGCGCACAGCGGAUUUUGCUUUUUUCGUACUGAAAAAACGAUUUUUUUUGUGAAAUGCACGGUGCAAAGUGGGAGUUUUUUAUUCACGCUGCGGACCGAGACAAAAUGCCCGUGCACUUUAUAAAAGGACUAAUGCUAUAGAGCUUGCGUCAGCGGGACCUGAAAGCCUUCUUUUGUUGACAACUCCAGACAAGAUGGAGCAAGAUUUAUAGUUUUUACACAUGUAUCUUGGGGAUCCACUGGGUCCUGUUUCGUCUGGUCAUGUGUUUUUUCACUAUUCCCUUCAGGGGUUUUUUGAAAAUUUGAUUUAUUUUGUUUUGCCAUGUUUUUUGUUAUUUUGAAAACAGUAGAUUUUAUGGCCUCUUAUUGUAGAAACAAAAGCGAUGAAAGAAAUUUUUGCUGACGUUCUAGUAAAAAUAUAAACUUCAAAGAAAAUAUGAUAACUUUGGGUCCUAGAAGUACUAUUUUGGUUACUCUGGAUCCUCUAUUUCUCAAGUUAGGAGCCAAAUAAUCAUUACACAUAUCAGCUGUCGGGAAAAUAAUGAGCGAACUGUCACGGAAAAAAUUUCAUCGCCGCUGAGAAAACGAAUUAGGUCGCGGAAAAAUAAAAUUGCUUUUGACUACAGCGAUGGGGUCAGCGCAGCCAUAUUGUACUUAUUAUUUUCCCGACAGACUGAUAUUUACUGAUAUUUUGCCGACAUUGCCAAUAGAUCCAAUAGUAAAGCCGUAAAUUUUUAGGUCCUGCGUUUGUUUUGUGAUAUUUUUACAUCUAAAUCUUCUAUGUGUACCAUAAUACUUCGCAAUUUCAGUACUCCUUGACCCGUCAUUCCAAGCCCGCGCCGAUCUCAACCGCUCAAUGGACGCGCUGAACGACCGGAUCAUCCAUUAUCCCCAACCGAUUGCCGGUCAUUUCGCCUAUAUUCCGCCGACCAAGCCGCGGACCGUCUCCCAAUUCGGCGGCCGAAGUUUGGCCGAGGUUUUGGGGAAACGGCGGAUGGUUCAACUGCCUGUUGGCGGUACUUUGGGCCGGACUUUUUAUCCGGCACCAGCUCGUCGAACACCGCUGAACCUCCAGCAAGCUUUUCAGCCGCCGCCGACGCCGCUGAAGCCUCGCGAGUUCGUUGUGGAUCCGCAUUUUGGCGAUGGGUUGAGGCAUCGAGCCAAGAGUUUGGAGAAUACGAACAGGUUGGUUGGCAUUUUCAUUACCGUAGUCAUUAAACUCGUCGGUUAUUUUGGCAGUUUUUCCCUCAAAUCAAAGUGUCAUAGCUUUGUUGACAUGUCCACGUCAAUUAAAGUCUCGAAUUCUCUAUGAAAUCACAAAAAAUGUCCUCAAAAUCCCGAAAUUUGACCCGAUAAUGUCUUAUCUUCAAGCCGUGAAGGCGUAAUCCAUAACCCCUUGUCAUCAGGUGUUUUGAGCGGGUCAACAGACCCUUCAUCAGAUUGUGACGGCUCUGGCCAAAGGUUUGCUAAUAUUAAACGGGAAGUCGCAAGUGCCUUAGGCAUGAUUUUGACUAAUUGGUGCGGCUGGUUUUGCUGGGAGGUGAUUUGCUUUACCUUGGCCGAAUGACGAGGAAGUUAUUCGGUGUGAAGAUUAGUUUCAAUAGAGAUUUUGUUGACUAUUUCCAUAUUGGCGCGAUUUUGAAUAAACUAGGAAAUGCCUGGGGAAAAUCUUAGCUCGCAUUUUGCAGAAGCGGUUGAGAGAUUCGACAAGCUUUUUGCGAGAGAUAACAUAAAAUUAAGAGACCAAAAAUUUGUUAUUUUUUCAAAAAAAGUCUUCUGUUUGCCUUACAAUGCUUUAAUCUUAAAUUAUGCCAUAUUUCAAUGAAAUAUAAGCCGGACACUUCAAGGCUUUCCUCAGUUUGCUCAUUUCUUACCCUCCUCUCCGUUUUGUAAAGUAAUUCCGCGAACGUUCGGCAAUAUUGACAGCCGAGGUUUGAAUAAACAAUGAGCUGUUCGGCUUGUGUCCUCUGGUCACUCAGCUUUUAUUACGUUAGCAGAUUGCUCGCUUCUUCUCGGAGAUUUUUCAAAUUAAAAUUUCUUGAUGACUAAACCGUUUCGAAGCCAGUAAAAUGACUAAUUUUUCGAAUCUCGCCCCUCUUUUCUUGUUUUUACUCAAACAAAUUGGCCCGCUCCAUCGGAUCGCCCCACUGACCAGCAUUUUUUUUGUUUUGGGUCAUAAAACGGCCUCGACUCUGACCUUUGACGAAUGGCCGGGCCAAGGUUCUUUGGCCAUAAAACUUGUUCGAAUUUAUCAAUCUGAAGAUGCGGUACGAACGAACAAGGCCGCUCAAUUCUCGCUCAAAAAACACUUUGGCAAAAAGUUGAGCGAGCCAAUUUUUGAGACCCCAAUGAAACUUUAAUAAAAAGUACGAAUUUUAGUGGAUCGUUGAGCUUUUCCGAAUAUUUACUCGCUUUGAACCGUCGCAAAUUCGAUUUCAAUUCAGUGGGCAGUAGAAAAAAAUGAUAUCGCAUUGUUCAAAACGUUUUUUCUCGAGUCACAAAGUGUGUAAAUUGAAUUGGGCACCACCAAUUCUAUUCUGUGGACUCUAGCCUUUUUUGAGCAUUUUUUUUAGUUUUUUCGGCGUUUGAGGAUGUUCGGGAUUGCGGUUACUUUUGAGCGGAUUACUUGCUUUUUAUCUUGCAUUUUGACUUUACUGAGGACUUUUUAUUUUUAUUUUUUUUUUGCCUGCAACAUUUACUUUCUUUGGCCCAAAUUAGGGGUAAAAAAACAGCCCAAAUUGUUUGGUCGAAAUUUUCCGAAAAAUAAACUGCUUCCAUAUCUCGACAGUCUUUGCAAAGCGACAGUUAAACUUUUUCAAAGUAAAAUUCAAAGGAACUCUAAGACAUCCUUUCUUCAAAAAUUCGAAUUUUCCCUCAGCAUCUUCGUUAAGCCGGCUGCCAUUUCCAGCCGGUUUUUCUAUUCAAAUUUCCCUUUUAUCCAACUUUUUCAUUCUGCCAAAAACACAUGUUUGAAUAAUUUCUUUGUUUAAACAGAGGCGGAGAUGUUUUCUCAAAGAAAAAAGAGCCGAUUUUUAAUCAAAAUCCGGCAACUUUUCCGCCCGAAUCAAAAACGUAUUUUUAUCCGAAAAGCCUUGGAACAGAACGUUUAGACAAAUUACAGUACCACCUCAAUUUGAUGUGCCAACUUUCCCAACAUUUUGUAUUCAAAAAGCCAGCUGGAAUUCCAAUUUCGUGGAUUCGAAUGCACUUUCAUCCUCAGAUAAAAAGUUUUCGAGGACCGGGCAUAAUUUUUAUUUGGGCUGCGCCUACAUAUAUCAUAGGACCGGGGGGUUUUUUGAGUACGAUUAAUCUUUAUGGACUUUGUUGGCUUUUGAGAUAUUGGGUUAAACUUUAGUUUACUAUGCUUUUUUCUAGCUAUAUUUGCGGUUUUUGAUUCUCAAAAAAAAAAAUCCCGUAGGACAUUUGAACGUGGUUGAGAUAAAAACUGAAGUAAUCCAUAUCCGCCUCUUCGAUAUUCUUCAAAUUUUGUGCAGAUAUUCUACAUAGGUUCUUCAUCCAUUCCCUGAAAAUUUUAGCUCACUUCUUCGACUGCUACGGCAAUAGUAUGCAAUUUUUUGAGAGAGUACACAAAAUGAGGAGGGUUGAAAGACAUUUUUUCGGCGUUUUUUUAGAAUUUUUUGCCCAAAACUGAGUUAUUGUGUGUAAAAUUUGUUCUCCAGACGUAACAGAUUCUCAUCGUCAGGCCCAAAAUUAUAAAAGAAUGUAAAUUUUUGGCUCCAAUUUUGGCUAAAAAAUCUCUGCUCCUUCGGAAAAUCAAAGCUGAAAUUUUCAAAUAGGCCAAGACUCGAAUCAAAAUUUCUGCUUUUUCGCAAAAUCAACGGGUCAAAUUUAGCUAACUAUCCCGACAAACAGGAAUCAAGACUUUUUUCUCCUGCCCUUCCUUAUCCAAGCCUCCUUGAGCUACAACUAAAUCCUCGAUUAACUCCCGCAAACACCGUGAGAAUUCUCCGCGCUAGUUGAAAGCCGGGGCCAAAGGACAUUUAUGAAUGCCUCAACUGUUUUUUAUUUAGUAAGAAUAAUUUGCGGCUACUUUAUUUAUGACUCAACGAUGAGAACUUGCGCAAUUUCUAUCCCGAGCAUUGUAAUGGAAAUAACGGGCAUUUGAUGGGGGAGAAAGUGACCGUCAAAUAGGCUGGCGGCAAAGAAAAUAGUCUUCUUUCUGGCCCAUAAAUUGAAAAUUAGCUGUGUUUUUGGCGGAAACUUUAGUGCGUGGAAUUUUUUCUACUUGGGCUUUUACGCAAGUUUUGAUCACGAUCGACCCAUCGCACUUUCGGCGCCUUUCCUUUCUUAGUCAUUGUACUUUUGCCAAGAAAAACUUUGCCAAACUGACCAACCCCGCGUUUUUUACGAUCGAAAUUUUAUUUCCUACGCCCAUUCCUCCCCCAUUUACCAGUUCCCUUCAACGGAAUUGAUGCUAUUUUUAUUGGGAAAGUGACAAAUUCUGUUUUAAAUUUGAUUUCCCAUUUUCCCACUGGUCAUUUGAGUAAGAAACGGCUGAUUGAAGAACGUGGUGGAUUUUGUAUCAAAAAAGUUGCUCGUGAUUUGGUCGCUUCUUUCUAUCAAUACUUUUAUUUUGAUUAUUUUAGAAUUUGUCUUUUUGACGAUCUGCCAGAUGAUUUUGACUAUGAGAGUCAAGGUGUACGCUGAUGGAAAGUUGUAAGUUUAACGGGGAAGUAAAAAGCGGGAUGUCCUCAAAGUUUGAUGCUCAGAUUUGGAUUAAAUUUUAGGCGGAUUAAAUGCCUUGUAAGCAACAUAUUAGAGUUCUCCGUGUCCCUGCUUUUUUAGGUUGACGACGGUUCGGAUCAACACAAAAUCGAUAGACAUGGGGUGCAAGGCCGGUGUAUACCAAAAAAAGAUUGAUAGUGCCUGUUAGUGCCUGUUAGGCCUGGCGAAGCCAUUUUUGGUCGGCCGACGCCCGGCGAAGACUCGGCGGAGACUUGGCGAAGACUUCAAAUAUAUAUGUCCGCUUUUUCUAAUUUUAGCUAUUUCUAACGUUAGUUUUGUUUGCCCUGAGGGAUUGUAACACACCAAAAUUUGCGGCAAAAGACGAUGAUCCGUAACUUUUAUCUAGCCAUCAUUGAUGUAAGUAGGUGUAAAAUAUACCUCAAAAUAGGUGAUGGGCUUCCUUAGAACCCGAUCAAUGUUAUUAUUUCUACAAUAAAUUCUCCCGAAAACUCGUAGCACCGAUUUUUUCAACGUUUGUUUUGCUGUAAAAAUCAGAUUUUUAGCUCGAAAAAUGGUUGAACAAAGAUAAUGUUUUUGUUCAAACUUGCGUUUCAUUUACAUAUUUGUAUUUCAAAACUCUCCCUCCAAUUCAAAUAUUCAUCCAAAAUCAACGGGUUUUAUCGCCAGUGAUUCAUUCGUUUUCUGGAAUCCAGCGCGCGAAGACGAUUUAUAAUACUUAUUUUUAAUCUUUAUAUUGGAUUAUACCGAACGCAAAUUUCUGGCGCUGAGUGAGAGCGACGAACGGAACAAACAAAUCUCUUUUUCGGACUGGGGAGCGGGAUGAGACGUGAAUUCGAAAACGUUCGCUAAAUGUUGGCGUAGCGGGCUUGUAAUUGGAUUUUUUGGAUGUGGUUUUGUCUUUACCGGUAUUUUGUCUUGUCAUUUGGGCGUUUGGAGAUGUAGAUGUGGCAUUGGAAAUUGCAUUGCGCUGGUAGAACUAAAAAGAUUUAUCGGGUCCUAGGAUAGCUUACCACCGUUUUGAGGCAUUUUACAUGUACAUCAAUAAUGUCUAGAUGAAAGUUACGGAUCUUCGUUUUUUGCCUCAAAUUUUGCUCUUUGACAUGUUAAAAUAAUCCAGGAUAAAGGAAACUAACGUUAGCAAUAGCUAAAAUUAGGAGAAGUGGACGUAUUGCAAGCUUCGCCAGGUCUUCGCCGAGCCUCCGCCGACCAUCCAAAGGCGUUGCCAGGCCCUGUAGUCACUUCCUACAGCCUUAUUUGACUGAUUCUUUGAAAAUGGGCCAAGAUUCCUAAAAAUAUAAACAUCGUAUCUUGUGUUCCUCCUAAUUAAAAAGUCAUAAAAUCUUUUUUUUCACUAAAAAACAUUCUUGAUCAUCUUUCAACCCCCCAAAUUUCCAAAUCACGUCAAACUCCACACAUCAAAACUCUAUUUUUUUGACUGUUUACUUUUUCCCACAAGGUUAUCAAUAGGCUACGACAAAAUCUUUACGAUUUGAAAACAUUUUAUUGGAGGAUGUAUCAAAACGAGCCGGUUAUAUUUAUUUCCCUUCCGAGUUUUAUGACAUGUUUUUCGAGGGAAAUAAUUAUUGCAUAUUGUUCCUGAAACAAGAACGAUUUUUGAAAAUUAUAGGGAGCUAACGAGUAGUCAUAGAAUUUUUUGGUUUUACUGGGUAAAACAACCGAAACGAAAGAUACAGUCCUUUUUUCAUUGUCUUCUCUAUGGUCUUUUUACAGUGUCAAAAAGGGGUGUGAGUCAAAUCUUUUCUUUGAACAGAAUCUAUGAAAUCUUUAAAGUUCAGCGCUCAUAUUCCGAUAAAACUUGGCAUAGAUUUAGAGUAAUUUUUUAUAAGACAUAUGUGGGGCUCCUACUUUGCAAAAAACGGCCGAUAUUUUUGGGUCAAAAAUGGGAAAAAAUGCGAGACAUUUUUGCCAAAUUUGGCAUGAAAAAGCAUUUCUGUUUCUGCUGUACAGGGUGAUAUUUCCAUAAAAAAAUAAAAUUUUUCUGCAGAAGAAAAAGGCAUAACCAAAAAGUGUUCUCUGCGACCAUUCUCCACGUUUUGCUGUCGGCCGCAAAAUCCGUUGAUUAUCCUCGGCUGCCCCUGUAAAGCGCAAGUCAAAAUUUUCUUGAAUUUAUAUAUGGCACAUGCUCAAACCCCGCACAAAAUUCAAGAAAGAACUGAGCGUCGAUCUUCGAGUACCGCCCUGUUAGUCCAUGGCCUAUCGAUCGCCUCUGGCCGAAUAAUUCUUCGACCAAAGUUCGUUUUUCUACCACCGAUCCUCUUUCCCGCCCACCCUUGUGCCUGAUAAUUUAUUUUAUUAUGCGAGCUCUCUCUCCACGACUAGAUAAUUGUUCCACAUUCAUCUUCUGGAGUUCCAUGUCCUCCCUCCUCUCUCUAUUGCAUCUCGUGUCGAUUGGCCAUAAAUUUUUUUCUCUGAUUUAUUCCUGCUUUCCAAAAACAGGGUUCUCCGUUGUCAGCGUCGUUUCGUAUUGUUUUUUCUUGUUGUUUCCGGGCGCGGAUCCCUCACAUGUUUCCUUUUUCGGGUUGAAAAAUGGGUGCGCCGAAAUUUAUUCGAAAACUCGCCGAGAUUUGCGCCCGCCGUCGAGGGUUUAGCGCGCAAGUUUCCCCUUGCUAUGCCAUUGUUUUUAGAGGGGCUGGGAGAUUGGGCGAGGUCGGGUCAAAUCUUGAAGCUGUUUGGAGAGAAGAUUCGACUUCUUGGAGGUGUUUCAGGUUGGCAGGAAAAUUAUGAUUUUUGUGAUUUUUCGCAAAGACAGAGCCAAAAGACUUACAAUUUUUCGAGGUCAAAACGCCACCGAAUUUAUCCUUUGAAAACGCUUUGGAUCCUUAAGAUUUCACAUGUUUUUUAUAAGCUUUUCCUAAAGUUUCCCUCUGAUUUUAACUACCCGCGAAUCACCCUUUAUCCUUGUCAACCAUGCAACCAUAAAUCAGCGCAACGAUUCGCUGCUCGACAACGAUAUAAAUUUUGUUGCGCAAACGCAUGUUUAAGGUCUUUUGGCGUCGCCUGACUCCAGGACAUCUGCGGUAAUCGUUUGAAUAUUUUCGAAUUUAUUGUCGCUUCUUUAUGACGUCAUGGGAAUUCCGAAUGCAGAGGCGAUUGCUUUUGUAAAUGAAGUCUGCAAAUUCCUUUUUUAUAAAGGAAUGUGGAGACGAUUGAGGGAAAUCGUGCUGAUUUUUCAAGGCGAUCUUUUUUUAUAUUUUGACUCGAUUGAAUUCCCCUCAAAAACGCGCUGCCUUAAACGCAUGCCAGUAAAAUAUACAUUCCAUUUUACUGGAUUUUCCUGUGUCUUUCUCGUUAAAUAAAUUGACGUGAACAGUCCUGCGGGAGGUUUCACGCUGCGCCUCUUUUGUUUCAAUAUGGAUUCGGAAUUCUUUAAAUUAAAAUCCGUCGAAGAGACUCCGAAGCCUUUGUGUUUGAUAUGCCACAUCUGUCUUAACAAUUUCUGUCACUCAAAAUAGCCAGUUUUAUUUUGAGAUUUUUGAAUUAAAAUUUGUUUUUUAGGAUUAACGCAACCCCAGCCAAACUGAAGCGGGCCCAGUCCAAGCAGAGUGGUGCGGCUGGAGUGGAGGAGAAGUCGGCGCUCCAGCACGCCAAGAACUUUUUGAGAAGACUGUACAACACAUCCACAUUAAGGCUGAAGCCCGAGAAAACGGCGAAGAAUGGGAAGAUCGACCCGUCCGAGCGAUUCAAAACUGCCACAAGUCCUUUCUAUGAAAUGAGGUGAGUUGUUGUCGGAUUUUCAACGAUCUCUAAAGGCCUGCGGCUCUGAAAUUUUUUGCCAUCUACUGAAUUUGCCUUACAGCAUCUGCAUCUUGACUUAAAGUAGAUUUCGUGCCAUUUCACUCAAAAUUUCUUCUAUUUCCCCAUCCAUUAUUAAGAAUGGGCUUCUGUGUAAACCCACCCGGCAAAAUCUCCCCUUCAGAAAUUGCCUCAAAUUGAUGACUCCUCCGAAAUUCUCGGGCCAAAGGUGUUUGGAGGGGUUUCGAAAAAAUAUCUUUGGGUCACUCCCCGUGGAAGAAUUCCUAGACAACGUUUUUGUCUUGAAUGGUCAUAAAAAGUGACCACAAGAGGGGAAAAGGGAUUGGAAGGCCAUAAUUUCCUUCUUCUUGAUUUCGCUUUUGGUCAGAGGUUUUCUUCUUUUGGAAUUUUAUAAAAAAAUUUUGGGCUGGAAGGGGUUUUGACCUGUAAGGCUUUUUUGGCUGAUAGCGCGGGAGGUAAUUGAUGGAAAUCUAUGGAAGGUGUAUCUUUUGCAACCCUAAAGAUCCUCUUCCUUCACAAAACAACUAUUUUUAGUUGAGGCCCUAGUAAGGCAAUUUGCAAAAAUCAUUUUGAUAAAAAAUGACAAAUUUUGGCGAUUUUGUAGGAUAUAAUAGAUUUCAACGGUAUUCUGAUGGGGGGAUAUUGCGGCAAAAAAUCGUGCAGUCGAUACCUGGGAGCCCUUAGGUCCUAACAACUUUGUUUUUGCAAAUUUUUAUCCCUUACCUCGCAAUACAUUGCCAAAAGAAACCUUCCAGAUCCGCCUGACCUUGAGAUUUCCUAUUUUAACACUUCUUCAACUGUUGUUGACAACAUCUUGUGAGAUUCGGGAUUUAUUUUCGACAUCUUGUCUUUACAUUGCCCAAUUAGUCAGGUUUCCGGCAAAAUCUGUCAACCGUGUCAAACAAUUACUUUUGAUUCUCGGUUUUUAUUCUCCUUACAUCACUUUUGAGUCUCCUACGAAUUGCCAACUGUCUGUGCAAAAGAAACUUGACCUGAUGGUCAGUUGGUUUUUCCGAGAGGAAAAUGUUCGGUCAAAGAAAAAAGAGCAGCUGGAACACAAUGGCCUGAGGGGAAAUGGGUUUUGUUUUCGGCGAACCCUCAUAAUUUCGUUUGGGGGAUUUGAUUAUCGCGAAGGUGAAGCUUGUAUUCAUGUACUCAAAUUUCUAUUUAUAGUAGCACAUUGUCAGUGAGCUGAUAAAAGAUGGUCAAAAUUACGUCGUUGAGGUGCUUUUGUAUCGGCAAAAGGUUUGAAAAACUCAAAUAUUAUAGUUAAAAUUCUGUUCUCACAUUAUAUCAAAAAAUAAUUUAUGGGGUUAUAACAAAAAAAUGUUUAUAUUUCCAGACUCCCUCAACCGGAAGAGCGCCCGUUCCUCCCCUACAACAUCCGCUACGAAGUGGAGGAUGAUGUUGAAAGCGGCACGGAAGAAGUCAGCGGAUACGUGGAAGAGGACUGUAGCGUCAUCUACAACAACUCGCACCUGCUGAACACGCCGGCGUCGACGAGCUCCGGCUCGUCGGCGCUGAACCACUCCUCGCCGGACGAAGGCGUCUUCAGCGGCUGUGAGGACGGCUCAACUGUGUCGUCAAGUCGAUCAUCGGACCACUCAUUUUCGAAUAUUUUGUCCAACCGCUCCCCAAGACAGUCGCAGAUUGCAUCGAAUCGACCGAGCUCUGGAAUGUCGUCGGCGUCAUCGACAGCGAUGCAUUCCGCGUUGUCGUCGUCGUCAAUAAGCUCACCCGCUGCGAAGAGGCCGGCGGAUAUAAAGGAGGAGGAAGGUCAGGAUGGAACGUUCAAAAAUUGGAACCAAUUGUUCGACCAUUUGAGGAAGGAAAUUGUAAGUUUGACAUAUGCCAGAUGCGAGCAGAAUAAGAUACAGACUCGUGCCGGCAGUUUUCGGAGACUUUCGGAAUUAGGUCCUAUUUUUGCCUAGACUGGUCAAUAAAUACCUUUAACAUUGGGCUGUUGAAGAUCGGGUUUUUGUGUGGAUUUUAUUGAUUACAGUGACGGGCCUGAUCCUGUAGCAGAAAUCGUACUAUUUUACAUCCGGGAAGUAUCAAAAAAUGUAGCAAAAUGUCUUCUUCUCCAACUAAAAAUACUCCGUUUCGCCCUUGCCCUCGCAAAAAAAGGUACACGAUUUUGAAAGUGGAGUCUUCUCACUUGGAGAGGGAGGUAUUUUGCCACGUUUCUGAUACUUCCCGGAUGCAAAAUAGUACUGUUUUUGCCACUGGAUCAGAUCCGCCGCUGUAUCUUGACCAUGAUUUUAUAACCCGCCGAUUUAAUUUGGACCAGUCUGAAACUCGUCAGUUGAUUUUCUGCGCAGUAGCAAAAUAUGACCUCUGCCCUGGGGCACAUAAAAAAAUUCUGGAGCUUUUAAUUUCAACUAUUUUCAGACCGAAAUGAGAGCCCGCGAUCAGGAGAUUCUCGAAAACCUGAUGACAAUUGAAGAGGAAAUCCGCGUUGUGAAACACAACCAGGCCGUUUGA